AACAAGCCAUCGUCAUCGGACACCACAAAAACUGGCUGGACUUUCGUACCCGAUCGCGAUCGCAACGACCACUCCCUCACUUCCGAACAAUGCUCCGCGGCAUUCCCCGACCUCUACCGCGAAAUCGACCGCUCUCGAGCAUACUGGAAAGCACGGCAAGGCGAGGAAAAGUUGACGGACAAACAAUGGGGUCUGGAGUGGAGCUCAGAUGGAGGACUGCGGGUAAUGAUCUGGGAGCAGCAAUUAUACAUCAUCGAGUCCAGGGGUUUGAACCAUUUCCUGCACUGGAAAGAGCGAUCGCAUGCGACGCUUCAUAACCUUCAACGAGCGAUCCUCGCUUCGAAAGAGCCGGUGCCGAACAUCGAGUUCAGCAUCAAGAUCAAUGACAAUAUCGCGUUGACGGAUAAGCACCCAAAUGCGACAGUGUGGAACUUCAACCGCGAUGUCAACGACAAGGCAAUGGAGCAAGUCUGGUUGAUUCCCGACUUCAACUUCUGGGCAUAUCCGCGCGUGGCUGGGAGCUAUGGCCACUACCAACGACAAGCCAUGGACAUGGGCAGCGACUACAAUUCGAAGAAACCACAGCUCGUUUGGCGCGGCACAACAGAUUUCAACCCGGAAAUCCGGCUGAAAUUGCUCGAAGCUGCGAAAGACAAGCCAUGGUCGGCGGUGCACAAAGUCGCGGAAGAUGUCAAGGACGAGGAGAAUAUGAAAUACCGCAUCACCAUGCCGGACCACUGCAAGUACAAAUUCGCUGUACAUACCGAAGGUACGACCUGGUCCGGACGACUGAAGUACCUCCUGAGCUGUCACUCCACCAUUGUCGUCCAUCCUCUGACGUUCACCACCCACCUCUACCACCUGCUCGAGUCAGACGGACCGAAUCAAAAUUUCGUCCAGGUGCGGAAGGACUGGUCCGACCUCCCAAAGACAAUGGAGGCUCUGCUCGCGGAUAACACCAAGGCGAAGAGGAUAGCGGAUAAUGCGGCGGCGAAGUUUCGCGAUCAGUACUUCACUCCGGCGGCGCAGACGUGCUAUUUCCGGCAGUUGUUCAAGGUGUGGUCGGAGAUGACGCCGGUGCCGGAUCCGUACGAGCACGAGACGCUGGAGGAUGGGAGCGUGCAGAAGACUUGGAGGGGGAUGAGUUACGAGGAAUAUGUG